UAGAACAAAAAAAUAACACUCGCUUCACUUCUUUCACAUUUUCAACCCUAAUUUACAAAACUCAGUUUUUUUUCUUUCUCAUUUCACAUAAAAUUCCGCUGGAAAAUCUCACGAAAAUGAAGGGAGUGAAAGGAAAGUUGCUGAAGAAGCUGAAAUCAAUCAAACAGAUUGGAUAUCUAAAGCCAGAUCGAGUUCUUCAGGUGAAAUCCAUUGAUGGGUAUGCAGAUUUUCUCCCAAAGAUUUCAUCUUUCAAUAUAUCGAACCCGUUUGUUUCUGGAGAAAACGAGGGUAAGAAAAUUGUCGAGAAUUGCGAGAAUUUGAAGGAGGGAGAACCCGAGAUCGUUGAUGUGUCAGAGCUCAUGAAAGGUCUUGAGGAAGAUGAAGAAAUGGUAUUGGAUGAUGAUGGUAACAAUGAAAACAAAGAGAAUAUCCCUAUUUCGGUUUCUCAGAGAUGUGUUCCAGAAGAAACAGAGUCGAAACAGAGCGAGGUUUUGAGAGAUAAGAAGCCACCACUGUUGCCGAGAGGUAAUUCUGAUAGAAAAAGGAAAAUUUCGUUUUCGGAGAGUGAUGAAAUGUCGUUCCGGAGACCGGAUUUGAAUUCGGGCAGCUUGUUUGAUCCGAAGCUACUCGCUGCUUUCGAGGAAGCGGUGAAGGAGCAUUCUAGAAUGACAGAGGAACAGAGGAAGGCCAGAGUUGAAGAAGAGUCUUUACAGGAAGUAAAAUUUGUUGAUGAUGAAGUUGAAGUUGAUCCUUUGUUGUUGUUUGAAGAGAAAUGUCCACCGGGUGGUGAUGGAACUGUGAUUUUCUACACAACAUCACUUACAGGAAUCAGAAAGACUUAUGAAGACUGCAACAGAAUUCGUUUCCUUCUACAAAGUUUCAAGGUUUUGUAUCUUGAGAGAGAUGUGUCGAUGCAUAGAGAGUUUAAGGAUGAGUUGUGGAGUAUUUUGGGUGAGAAAAUUGUGCCUCCGAGGCUUUUUGUUAAGGGGAGAUAUAUAGGUGCAGCUGAGGAAGUUAUGAGUUUGCAUGAACAAGGGAAGUUGAAGAGAAUUCUUGAAGGGGUUCCAUUGGAUUGGUCGAAUGGUCCUUGUGAUUCUUGUGGUGGUUUAAGGUUUGUGAUGUGCUUUCAAUGCAAUGGUAGCCAUAAGAUUUUUGCUAAGGAAGAGAAAGAGACUAGUGAGUGUUUGCAGUGUAAUGAGAAUGGAUUGGUUGUGUGUGCUUAUUGUGGCUAGAUUGAGAAUGUUGUUCAUGAUACUAUACUUGUUUGUUCAAUUUGAGGUUGUAGUGUCUAUAAUUGUGCUUUGUGAUUACACAUUGAUAGAGUUAUUUUUUGGUGUAAGUGCUAUAAGCACUGAUUUUUCAUUGGAUGUUUGCACUGUUUCUUGGCUAAAGUCUAUAGUUGUUUUAAUAUCA